UAAACGAGAAGGCAUACAAACCUGUGCUGCUUGCCAUCGGUCCUUACAACGAUCAAAGCACGGUUGGCCAGGGGUUUAUGAAAGAGCAUAAAUUGCGAUAUCUAUAUCAAAUGCUUAAAAGAACGGAAGGAAGUGUAGAAACAUACAUUGCCACCAUGAAAGAAUUGGAAAAAGGAGCUCGUAAUUGCUAUGGAGAACACAUUAGCCACACCUCAGAGGAGUUUGUAGAAAUGAUGGUACUUGAUGGGUGUUUCAUUAUUGAGUUGUUCCACAAGUAUGAAAUCUACAAGAAAGCAGAAGAUUGUCAUGAAGAUGACCCAAUCUUUCAAAUGCAGUGGGUGCGUUCUAGAAUAGCUCGUGAUCUACUGUUAUUUGAAAAUCAACUUCCAUUCUUUGUUUUGGAUAAAUUGUUUGGAAUGAGUGAGAGUAACAACACACUACUUCAUAACAGAUCCAAAAAGUUAGGAGAACACGUUGUCGAUAUUGAUGAGGAGAAAGAUGGAAUUAGUGUUGAAAGCUUUACCUCCACAGCUCAGGCUAUCCAGACACGACUUAAGGAUCUUGCCCUCGAUUUUUUCUCCUACUUUUUACCAUUUGAAUGGAAUGUCGAUGCAUCAAGUUAUAAUUUAAUCGAAAAGAUUACGCAUCUACUUUGUUUGGCGCAUGAUGCUCUCACCGCUUCACUUCUAGACAUGGUAUGUCAAUGUUUAACGAUCGGGUUCAGAUUCAAGAACACAGAGUUUGAGCAUCUCCUUGGUCUCAUACAUGCAACCAUUGGUAUUUCAUUACUUGAUACAGAAAUAGAUCAUGCCAAAGAACAUCAAGAGGAAGGAGUCAAACUCAAGGUGGCAGAGAUAUUUAAGCGCCUAUUUGGCCUAAUUCAUGAAGCUAUCAUUCCAUUACUUGCAAAGAAACCUAGAUUCCAAGUCAAUAUGGCAGCAAUUGAAAAUGAAGACUGGGAAUCAAUUCCGUUUGGCUCAGAGUUUCAGGAGGCUGGAGUUGCAUUCAAUAUAGCAAAGAAAUUUAAGGAUGAUCUAUUUGAGAUUUGGAGUUGGACAACAAUACCUUAUGCCAUUGAACUUCAAGAGGCUGGAAUUGAAUUCGACAAGGCAAAGAAAUUUAAGGAUCUACAUGCUCAUCGAAAUAGGAAUGAAGACCAGAAGUCAAAAUUGUGUGAAACAGGGACGCAAAUGGAUGUAGAUGAAUUAAAGACAGUAGAGAAAUUGAAGAGUCUACUUUGUCUGGACAAGAUUGAAAACUGGAAGUCAGUACCUUAUGGUAAGGAGCUUCAUGAGGCUGGAGUCGAAUUCAACAAGGCAAAGAAAUUUAAGCGUCUACUUGCUCUUAGAGAGAUUGAAGCCAUGAACAUACAUGGUGCCACAGAGCUUGCAGAGGCUGGAAUCAAAUUCAAGAAGGCAAAGAAAUCUAAUUUGUUUUCCAUAAAGUUCAACAAUGGGCUAAUGGAGAUUUCACCUUUGAGCAUAGAAGAUCAUACAGAGACUUACUUACGAAAUCUAAUUGCAGAUGAGCAAUACUGUCAUCCACCUUGCAAUGUGAAUUACGUCACCAACUAUGUGUGCUUCAUGGAUGAUCUCAUUAAUACUCCAAAGGAUGUUAAGUUACUCCGUCAUAGAGGAAUUAUCCAUAACAAUUUGGGUGAUGAUGAAAUUAUUUCCACCAUGGUUAACAAGCUUGGUCACUAUGUCAGUUUUUCAACCAACAUUUAUGCUAGAACUAUCAUGGAUGUGAACAUGCAUUGUAGGAGACGCAGGAAUGUAUGGAUGGCAAAAUUAAGGCGUGAUUAUUUCAACAGUCCUUGGGCAUCGGUUUCAUUUCUGGUUGCUUUCUUAUUGCUUGCACUUACAAUUACACAAACCAUAUUUUCCAUUAUUCAUUAGGUUUUUCGUGCAGUGUGUUAAUCUUGAUGUUUGUUCUCAUAGUUAAAUGUAAUAAAUGUCGAAUAAUAAGAUUUUA